AUGCGUUCCAAAUUCAAGGACGAGCACCCCUUCGAGAAGCGCAAGGCUGAAGCCGAGCGUAUUCGAGCGAAAUAUGCCGACCGCAUCCCGGUAAUCUGCGAGAAGGUUGAGAAGUCAGAUAUUGCGACCAUCGACAAGAAGAAGUACUUGGUGCCAGCAGACCUCACUGUCGGCCAGUUCGUCUACGUCAUCCGCAAGCGCAUCAAGCUGUCUCCCGAAAAGGCCAUCUUCAUCUUUGUCGAUGAGGUCCUACCACCCACGGCCGCUCUAAUGAGCAGCAUCUACGAAGAGCACAAGGAUGAAGACGGGUUCCUUUACAUCACAUACUCCGGAGAGAACACAUUCGGCGCCUGUUAA